AUGGACGACCUGCCACCCCGCAAUUUGACUGCCGAGACCGCACUGCAUCACAGGCCACUUUGCUGCUACGCCGACGCCACGGGGUACGGUCGGAUUGGCACAUUCACCCCCGCGAACAAUAUGCAUCCCGCGUACUUUGGCUUUUCCAAAAUCAAGUUUCGCGAGCAUACCGAUCUUAUCCACAUCAACUUACUAGAACUUAUCGCAUCCGCCUCUGCGUUACACACCUUCUCCCAGUACCACUCUGGAGCUGUUAUGAUCUUCACUGAUAAUACCACGGUGCAAUACUUGAUCCACAAGGGCUCUAGCGCCUCCACCACCGUCAACGAAGCCAUCUCCGAUUUCUGGCUUCACACCGCGGCAGUAGGCCCUUCUCGUCUUUUUGCUCUCCGUGUUCCUUCGUAUAGCAACCCAGCUGAUGCCGUCUCUCGUCAACAGUUCUCAGCGCCAUGGUUAUGCGACGCCAUUCGGUUACCGAUAGCCUUCCCCCCGUGGGUCUCUAAAUAUGAUACUCCGAAGGAGGCCACCUCUCUUGCCUGA